AUGAACAGUCUCAACAUUGUGUCCCGGCUGGGAAUAACGCCGCCUCCAUCACCACCACGCUCUCGAUCAGAAUCGUUAUCACAGCAGGACAGCUUGUCCGUUGAUCGCGCAGGAGACACGGAAACUACUGAGGCUAUAGAUGAUCCAUCGUCGCCAGCGGAAAGAGCCCAUGGGGAGCAGGAUAAUGAAGCUGGUUUCAGCCACACCAGUGAGAAGACACCGCUCGUAGGCAAUAAUGAGGAUCGGAAGCGAUCGCGGGACACAGAAUGGCGUUUUCCGAAGCGGGUGACUGAGGCAGUCUUCUAUGGUGUCCGCGCAGUCCUUUUGACCUUGUCGGCGCCAUUCCGAUAUGUUGUCGCCUGCUUUCUUGAUGAACAUGGCGCAUUCUCCGCGGUCAUGCCCUUGACGAGUCUAAAUAAUGUCAUCUGGAGGAGGAAACACAGGCCGGCAGCCGAUUCGCAUGCUGUGGAUUCUACAUCCGAAGACGAACACUACGACGAGAAAUACUCGAAACGUCCAUCGAGGAAGCCAUCUGUUAAGCAGCGAUCACCGUCAAUCAGUAGUAUCCACUCGUCGGGAAGCUAUGGUUCCACCGAGGGCGAGGCAGAAGACAGUCCUGCGCGGAACACACGAUCCAAAACUUCCACAAUUCAUCAGGAUGAAGACGAUGACGGACAACCCCGUAAAAGCAUUCGAAUCAAGAUGAGCAACGACGAGUCACUUCGCCGGCGGAAAGCCGCUAAAGGCAAACGACUUUCUAUGAGCGAAGACGUCGCAGCUGUCGCAUCUGCGCUCAAAUCUCCCUCAUCCGCCGCAGCCAGCAUGAAGCUCACAAGAUACCCACGUGCACCAGCACCACCACGACCUCUUGUCCCGCGAAGACAGCCCUCCUAUGCGCCAACCUUCUCUGCCGAAGCUCCCCGCAAGACACUAAUCAUCGAUCUGGACGAGACCCUGAUCCACUCCAUGGCCAAAGGCGGUCGAAUGUCCACCGGCCACAUGGUCGAAGUGCGCCUCGGCGGAUCCGUGUCUGGCGGCGGCGUACAAAUCGGCCCUGGCGUCCCCAUUCUGUACUACGUGCAUGAGCGGCCCGGCUGUCACGAGUUUCUCCGCAAAGUCUGCAAGUGGUACAAUCUCAUCGUUUUCACGGCCUCAGUGCAGGAAUAUGCGGAUCCCGUCAUCGACUGGCUCGAGCGGGAACGCAAGUAUUUCUCAGGUCGAUAUUAUCGCCAGCACUGCACUUUCCGCAAUGGCGCGUAUAUCAAGGAUCUGGCGCAGGUGGAGCCAGAUUUGAGCAAGGUGAUGAUUUUGGAUAAUUCGCCCAUGUCGUAUAUUUUUCACGAAGAUAAUGCUGUCCCGAUCGAGGGCUGGAUCAGCGACCCGACUGACAACGACCUUCUGCACCUCAUCCCGCUGUUCGAAGGAUUGCAAUACGUAACGGAUGUCCGGGCCCUCCUCGCGUUGCGGCAAGGCCAA